AUGUCCAUGAUCUUCUUUGCCUGUGUGGUGCGGGUGAGGGACGGACUUCCCCUCUCAGCCUCCACAGAUUUUCAUUUCAACCAGGGCUUUCUGGAAUGCAGAAAGAGAUUAAAGGCAUUAUCCUCAAUUCUGGCGCAGUACCCAAGUCGAGGCACAGCAAAAGGACGUGACCUUAACAUACAUUUCCUUUCUUCUGGGGAUAUUGCCUGCAUGGCAAUCUGUUCCAGCAAUUACUCAACCAUCAUGGCGUUUUGCUUCCUGGAAGAGCUUCAGUGGGAAUUUGCUGCUUCCUACGAUACAACAAGCAUCAGUUUAGCUUCCAGACCAUAUGCUUUUCUUGAAUUUGAUAACGUUAUUCAGAAAGUGAAAUACCAUUUUAACUGCGUGAGUGGCUCUCAAAUGAAGGCCAACUGGGAGAAGAUUGAGGAGGAGCUGAAGUUCCAGCCCCCGGUUCAGCUGAAACUAGAGGAUACAGAGCUGAUGAAUGGGAUGACUAACGGUGGGCAUGCAGGUGUUCAUGUGGAGGUUGUCCCCACUUACAGAAUGCAGCGUGUGACUCCCCUGGGGAUUCUGUCGCUUGUUCUGAACAUCAUGUGUGGAGCUUUGAAUCUCAUUCGAGGAGUUCACCUAGCAGAGUAUUCAUUUCAGGAGGACCAUGAAGGAAUUGGAAAUGUGAUAGCUUUUUUUGUACCUUUUCUAGCCUGUGUUUUUCAGGCACUGGGAGGCACCAGUGUACAAGCUAAUCCAGUGUGCUCAGGCUGGGAAGGGAGCCAAGCAGCUGACUCAGGGAACCUGCCAAUUUUUCUACCUGCUUGUACGAAUGCUACGAUUCUCCCAGCAGAUUUUGCUGUGGGAUUCAUGAAGCGGAGAUAAAACACCCUGGAGACAGUAGGAGGAUCACUUCAGGGGUGCAAAUCCACUUACCUACCUAGUGCUGGAACCAAUUUGUCAAAAGCGAAGUCACUGCAGCUUCUUUUUUUGCCUUGCUAGUCUUUAAGGAACAAAGCAUCAUUCUUUAUGCUAAAUAUUGGUGCUCCUGAUCUGAGCAUCAGGGCUUUGUUCUCAGCCUGAGGGAUUCAGGAAGGGACGGGAGGGUUUCCAAGAGAAAAAACCAGCGGCUUAAUUAGCGAGAAGUCUGGAGGCAUACAUGCAUACAUUUCUGGUACUUAAUCCAUCUGUGGUAACUGCUUGGAAAAUUGUCAGAUGGAAAGGGAUUUGAAGCAAAACUUUGUUUCCAAAACUGCUAAUAAAUGGGCAAACAGCCAUGCCGCCCUUUCCUGGCAGUGGGCAGCUGUGGAGGUGGAGUGGGUAGAGGACACGCAGGGUUGCUCCCAGGCAGGACCUCAAGCCUUGCUGUCUAUCCUGGGGUGUAUCCCGUAAGCCAGUGCUGGGCAGGCCCUGAGCUGGAGCUGACUGAGGUCACCAGGCUCCUUCCAGUGACCAAAGUGGGUUUGAGAGGUGCUUUGCUGGUGGUGAAAGGGACCCCACGGCAUCCCAUUAGUCCUUCCUCCCCAGCAGCGUAUGCUCUGUGAUUAACUUGUUUUUAUAACAACCACAUCCUCCUCCUACCUUUUUGCUGCCAUCAGUGCUGAUUUCUGUGUUCCCUCCUCCAUGAUCACAGGGAAAUUGGAUGGGUGUGAAGAAGAAACUGGACCUACCUCACCGCAAGCCUUACACGUACCAGCACACUGGAGAGGGCAGCAUGGAGCUGUAAAGGACAAAUGGAGGAAAAGGAGGAAGAGAAGAGCAGGAACCAGGGCAUGCGGGACUGCAGGUGAGACUGCACCCUGGUUAUGUCUGCUAGUCUCCAAGAUGCCUGAGUUCCCCAGGGUACAUGGAGGGAGAGGUGACAACGGCAAGUCAGGCAAGAGCAGAGAUGUUGCUCCUGCCUGGAUGAGAAACAAGGAAGGCACCUGAGUUCCCUAUGGAAAUAAUUCCAUUUGGGAACAGCCAUGGGAGGCUCUCUGCAAGCCAGGAAUACCAGCUGCACCACCCCACAUCGUCUGCAGUGGCUCGGACACAAACAGAACCAAACUUCUGGGUCACUGACUGAACAAGACCAUUUUCCAUCGUGACGCAGCUCAGACAGCUCCCAGCUGUUUGCUCACCGUGUUUAACCAGGAACAAUAAAAACCAUAAUUGCCAGCUGAUGUCUAAACAAGAACUCCACUCUGAAAGGGAAUUCAUUACCAACCGGAAUGAAAGUUGUGCACGCUGCCACCUCCCAAAGGCAUUUCAGAGAAGGAUGCUUUCUGCUCACCUGGACAGACACCUCCAUUGUUUGGAGGAACAAGCUAGCUGGAGGGCUGCCAAGCACACCUCCUCUUUUGCCGCUGUUUGGAAAAUGGCUUCUCAACCAUUAGAAGCCGAUUUUAAUGUCUUCUGCAUUGGCUUCGCUGCGUUAUUUUGGCAUCAGCUUUAACACUGAUAAUUCUCUCUUGUCCCUGGCCUUUUUUCUUCACAGCAGUGAUUUGUACAAUGUCCCUUGGAAAUGACCUGACAGGACGCAGCCAUCUCAUGAUCAGUGGGGGAUUCAGAUCCUGCUCCGCACCCCUACUUGCUGCUGGCGAGAUUGUGCCUGAAAUACUGAGUCCAAAAGGAAUGUGGAGAAACUGGAGAGGAUCUGGUGAAAGGACGUCAGGAUGGCCGGGGGCAAGAGCCUACGAUCUCCAAGGAGAGGUCAGGAAGCUGAGUUUGUUUAGUCUUGAGAAGAGGCGAAGGGACAAUCUGACGGCAGCCUACAACUACCCUUGGGAAAAUUGCAGAGAUAUGGAUCUAAACUCUUCUCAGUAGCAGAAAGUAUACAUGGAGCAACUCGUUGCAGCUUGGGAGGCUCAGGUUGGAAACUAGAUAAAAAUCCCACUAGGAGGGAAGUGCAGCUCUGGAACAGGUCCUGUAGGCUGAGGUUUCUCCAUCCACAGAGGUUGUCACAUCUUGGCUGGGCAGGUCCACAGCUGAUGUGAGCUACUGUUGGUUUCAGUCCUACCUUGAGCAGAAGGUUGGACUAGAUGUCCCUCCCAACCACCAUCUCUGUGCUUUUACGACUCUGGGACAUACUGUGGUUUAGGAUUCUGGAUGCUGCUUAGCUGCUUCACAUGGUUGGUUCAUAAAUUAGCAUAACAAAAAAAUCCCCACCAACAACCCUAAAUCAAAUUGACCUCCAUGAGGCCUCUCUCAUUUUAAAUUGAACAUUAACAUAAUUUAGACAGAGCAGGAAGGCUUCACAGAGUAAUUUGAGGACAUUGGUAUCAUUUCACAUGCACAUCGCCUGGCUAUUCCGUGGCUGUGAAACACAGGACCUUACUCCUGCAGAGCAGCCGGCGUUAUGGCAGUGGGAAGCGAAUUAACCUUGUGUUGGAAUGGUGCUGACUUGCAGCACAUCAGAUUUAUGACUUAUGAUAGGGUGUGAGGGGAUUGCUUUUUCUUUAAUGAUCUUGAUUCCUGUUUAGAAUGGUGACCUUAGGGCCUCUGGUAAUGAAGCAGCAUAAUUACACAUAGAUUGUUAUUUAAAGUUACCUCAACUAUUUAACAACAAAAAAAAAAAGACCAUUUUUUUCUGGGUGUUUUUCUGACAUCAUUUUCCCCAGUUAUCAGGAAUCUGACUUAAUGAACUUCCAAUUUACAUGUUUAUAGUGUCUCUGGGAGGGUUACAAUGACCUGGCAACACCAGUGCCAUCCCCAAGUGGGACUCAGGUUUGUUGUGGGUUAUGCAUGGGAGAAAUAUGUUGUUCCUAUGCCCUAAGGAAAUUAUUUUUCUCUGAUGUUUGAGACACAUCAGCCUCCAAAAAAUACCCAAGCGUGUGUUGUACCAGAAACUUACAUGACUGUACGGGUGUGGAAGGGUAUGACGUGCCACUGGAAGCACUGACGUCCCCUGGAUGCUAUCAGCCUUACCUUCAUCCCUACUUUUGGGAGCUUCUACUCUCUGGAGAACUUCCAGCAACUUCUAGUCCUUAAUUAUGACAGCAAAGAAAGAGCCUCUGUCUUUUUGAUGUCUCAAUUUUAUUGGGAGACUUAUUUGAACUAAGAUGACAGUGCUCGCCUCCGUGCCUUGCAUUGGCGCUUCUCCCGGUCGUGCAUCAUGGAUGUAGCAACGUUGCUGCCACCUCUCUCUGUCCACUGAAUGCUCACACAGCUCGAUGCCACCACCAGCAACUGCUGCUUUGUUGCAAUACUACUGACUCGGCGUGAUUAUGUGAUUUCAGGUUUUUCUUUAAACCCUGCUGCUUCCCAGCUUGGGCUGAGUCUUGCUUGCCUGCUACCGUGCUGGUUGGUGCUUGACAAACAUCCGUGUGGAUCUUUGCAUCUUUUCAUUACCUAGAAGUUGAGCGAGUCAGAUUAGUACAGAAUGAGGUUUUGAUUUUGUCACCUCUGGUCAUUUGAAAGCUCAGAGAAUUGUUUCUGGCUGCUGACACAUUACUGGGCUGAUCUGAUGGCAGGGAAUGAUGCUCAUUAGAGAGGGGACUGAUAAACAGGAAUAUCUGUUGAUCAUAAUGCCUGCUGUGUUGAAUUUGGACAAUCCUUAAUUCUUUCUCAUUCUUCCUUCUGAUAAAUAUCUUAGAGUGUGCCAGGACCAAGCACAAUAUUUUUGCUGGAUAUUUUACUUGUGAUGGUGUGGGGGGGAAGAGAUUUUCAAACACGAACUGAAUUCAUUCAGUUGUUUCCAUCAGAAACAGAAAAAAUCUAAAGUUGAUUUAUUUUUUUUUACACUUGAAAUGCUGCAGUUUUCAUUCAAAGUGAUCCUUUACUUCACUGUCAGCUACAAUCUCAAUAA